GGCGUAAAAAACCAGCGCACCUCGCUCUCACACAGCUACCAAUAGGAACAGGAAGCUUGGAAACAGGAAAAAAGUCCCUGAGAAGGAAGAAAAACUUGAGAUUGCGUUUUUUUUUUAAAAAUGAGCAGAAUCUAUAACAACACGUCUUUACAGAACAAACCGGUGCACAAUGAGAGUUUUGACCGUGUGUGGUGUCCUGCUUCGUAUGAAAGUGGUCCUGGGGUUCUUCUAGAGGGGAAGCUGAUGGAUGUUUCCAGACAUUCAGUCAGUGACAUCGACGGACAAAAGGUACGUUUCUACGUUCUGUACAUCAAACCCAGACGCAUCCAUCAGAGGAAAUUCGAAGCCAGUGGGAAGGAGGUGGAGCCGAACUUCAGCGACACCAGAAAGGUCAACACAGGCUUCCUUAUGUCCUCCUACAAGGUGGAAGCCAAAGGAGAGUCUGACCGUCUGACUGAGGAUCAGCUGUCGCAGAUGAUCAACAAAACUGAGCUGGUUAAAAUCACAGAUCAGCUUUGACCUGCUGGGAGCUGGGCCUUUUGGUACCCAGAGUCAGAGAUGGACAAAACAGAGUUGGAAACGGGACAGGAAGUCCGACUGAAGACCAGAGGAAACAGUCCUUUUAUCUUCUCUUUAGCCAAAGUGGACAGCGGGACGGUGACCAAAUGCAACUUUGCUGGAGAUGAAAAGGCCGGCGCCUCGUGGACUGACAAGAUAAUGGCCAACAAAACAGAUGGCAGCAGCUCUCAGAGGCCUGGAGCUGCAGGGGAGGGAGUCGAGGAGGACGAAUGGGAUGAUUGAAGACAAGGUCCUGCUCCAUCCUGGGUUCUGAUCCAGUCUUCAGGGUUAAACGGUUUUCAUCCUGCAUCGAAGAUUGCAACUGCAGUGCUUUAAAAAUAAAUAAAUAAAAAGUAUAUUUUUGUUUUAUCUUUUGAAUUAAAUGGCCUCAUUUAUAAAAAAUUUGACUGCCACACACAACCUGAAUAGCGUCAUUAAUCAGGGUAGGGUUAGGGUAACAAAGUUAUUUUCUUGAUCAUUUUUUUUGUUUCUUUCACAGAACAGAGCUCCUUGAGUUCUUGUUGUUUUUGCCCCACUUGUCUGAAAAUGAAGCUCAGGCACAUAACACAAGAUUUCUUUCCCAAAUUUAUUCCGCAUUAGGGAAAAGUUCAAAGUCUCUUUCCAAGCAGCCAGAUUUUCUCAAAAUCUUGAAGGUCAUUCAAAACCCUUCAUCACAAACAGCCCCUUUUAAAUUUUUAUGGUUUCUUUUUAAGUUGAUUGUUUCUGAAUAUGGAUUAAACAUUUUCUAUAACAUU